GAGAGAGAGAGGAGAGGAGAGGAGAGGGGGAGAGAGAGAGAGGAGAGACUCCCCGGCUCCCUCCCACCCUCGCACACAGCGACUGGAGACGGACGGAGAGCAACGCGCUGGGAGAGGAGAGACCACCGAGAACAGCCCCGCGCUCUCACACAUACACUCACACUCGGCUCUUUCCUCUCCCCCCACCUCCUCCUCCUUCCACCCCCACCACUAACACCAUCUCCUCCUCCUUCUCUCUGCAACAAGAAAAAAAAAAGCCAUUUACAGGGGGUGAUGUGCAACUAAUUAAAGGCAGACUGGCAGCGUCUGCAAAUUCUAAGGCUCCCCAAAUAAAAAGAGACUGUUGUAACAGUUGGAGGAUAAUGCAAAGGAAGACGCUGCCUGGGAAUUCACCGUCUGUGGAAAUGCGCCCCAGAGAGGAAUAAAGCAGUCCUCACCUUGCUCUCCCCACCCGGACCCACUUUCCCCUCCCGCCUCGGCCCCCACCCCGGCACCACCAUCACCCCCUUCCCUCCCCCCCACCUUCCCCCCUUUCCCACCCAGGUGUCGGACCAGACGGUCCCCACUUCCACCCUGCACCCCUUCUUCCCCCCCUGUACCAUGAACACCAAUGUCUGCGUGGAGCCCGGGCCGAGCCCGGAGGCCCCGGGCUUGCCCAAGGAAAGCCACCUGCCCGAGGGGGCCCUGAACAGCCUUGUGGAUUACAACUCGGAGAUGGAGCGCUACCGCUCCUUUGCCACCUCCUUCUACAAGACCAACGGGGGCGCCUUCCCGCAGGCGGCCAAGAUCGCGCGCAUCACCACCCCCAUCUUCCCCAGCAGCGCCGCCGCCGCCGCGGCCGCCGCGCGCAUCGGCAUGUCCCCCUGGAACUGCGACAACGCGGCCACCGCCGCCGCCGCCACCGCCAUGCUCUGGGGCAGCGGCGGGGGCGGGGGCGGCGGCGGCGGGGGCGGCGGCGGGGGCGGCGGGGGCAGCAGGAAAUCCUCCUCCGCCGCCGCCUCCUCCUCCGCCUCCUCCUCCGCGAUCCUCCCCGCCGGCGGCGGCGGCGGCGGCGGCGGCGGCGGCAGCAGGACCAGCAUGCACCACCGAAACGACUCCCAGAGGCUGGGGAAAGCUGGCUGCCCGCCAGAGCCGUCGUUGCAAAUGGCAAAUACUAAUUUCCUCUCCACCUUAUCCCCCGAACACUGCAGACCUUUGGCGGGGGAAUGCAUGAACAAGCUCAAAUGCGGCGCUGCUGAAGCAGAGAUAAUGAAUCUCCCCGAGCGCGUGGGGACUUUUUCCGCUAUCCCGGCUUUAGGGGGCAUCUCAUUACCUCCAGGGGUCAUCGUCAUGACAGCCCUUCACUCCCCCGCAGCAGCCUCAGCAGCCGUCACAGACAGUGCGUUUCAAAUUGCCAAUCUGGCAGACUGCCCGCAGAAUCAUUCCUCCUCCUCCUCGUCCUCCUCGGGGGGAGCUGGCGGAGCCAACCCGGCCAAGAAGAAGAGGAAAAGGUGUGGGGUCUGCGUGCCCUGCAAGAGGCUCAUCAACUGUGGCGUCUGCAGCAGUUGCAGGAACCGCAAAACGGGACACCAGAUCUGCAAAUUUAGAAAAUGUGAAGAGCUAAAGAAAAAACCUGGCACUUCGCUAGAGGUCAGAGGAGAUGAUUUCUUGUUUCCCAGUCUCCCCCCCUCCCUCCUCACUCCCCUCUCCUCUCCCCUUCAGGGCUUCUUGUCUGGCUUCAAGAUGCAGCACCCCUUUCCUGAAGCUUCAUUCAGGUUGUAAGAUACAGUUGUAGGUGGUUUGCGGAGGUCAUGGCCUCUCCGCCACCCUCCCCAGCUGCACUUCGCCUGGAACCGCCCUCCAUAUGGGGAGGGCGCCCCUCCUUGUUCGCUCCGGGAGGAAAACUAAUGUAAUUGGUUUGAAAAUCAGAAGUUUCACAUUCAAUAUGGUCAGAAAUUUCCCUUGGUGAUUCAAAAUGACCCCUCCCCCCCCUUAUUAUUAUUUUUAAAAGCAUCUCUGCCCAAAGGGUGGGACACAUCACAUUCUAUAUACUUUUAUUGGGCAAGAGAGACUUAUUAGUGGCCCAGUUGUAACAGUGAGGACACAGUUUGUGGCACACAAGCCUACAUUCCCAUUAACACACACACACACACACACACACACACACACACACAC